AUGCAAUUUCAACCAAGACUUAAAUUUGGAAUACCACCAAGCAAGCAAAUUAAAUUGCCAACACAGCAACCCCAACAAUUUGGAAUUAAACCACAACCCCCUCAACAACCCACAGGAUAUAAGCCGCAAUUAGGUGUAACGCCACAAUUUGGAUAUAGACCAAACUUUAACCAAGUUCACCAACACACUGGUUAUAGACCACCACCUCAUUUACAAAAACCUCAAGGUUUUCGUAUGAACGAGUUAUACGCGCUUAACGAAAACUGUGACGACACUUAUGACGACACUCCUUAUGACGUAAGUCACAUCCAAACGGAGGAUGAAAUUAAUUAUUGCGAGAACCCUGAAAUACUCGAAUAUAUAACGAACCAGAAUUACCACACGAAACCGAAAAUUUUCAAAUAG